AUGUCGACCACUUCUCAGAAGCACAGGGACUUCGUUGGAGAACCCAUGGGCGAUAAACCGGUGACAGCACUGUCGGGAAUUGGCGAGGUCUUGGGAAAUAAACUGGAGGAGCAAGGUUUUGACAGAGCCUUUGUGGUUCUGGGUCAGUAUCUGCUGCUGCGGAAGGAUGGGGAGCUGUUCACUGAGUGGCUGAAAGACACCAGCGGAGCCAACACCAGGAAUGCUACAUCCUGCUCCCAGUGCCUGAGAGAGUGGUGUGAUUCAUUCCUAUGAGUCCCUAAUGUAACAUUUUAAAGAUUAGAACAUGAAUCUGUUUAUAGUGGAAAUGUCAGUGGCUUGGUUUGUCUGAGCAGAAUAAUUUAAUAAAGAUGUGAUAUCUAAAUUGUUUUCUUUUAUUCAAAAUACAUAUG